AUGGUUUCUGCACCUAAUGCUAGUAGUGUUAUCCAGACCGAGCUGGACCCAAUAGCUAAGAGACGGCGCAUAGCUCAGAGGCUCUGGGGCUUGGAUUUACAAAGCUCCAGCCGCGUGGAUCAGCUCAGUGCUUACUUCGACCAUUUCCGAGACCAGGCUGGCCAGCUCAACGUUUCGAUGGACGAUGUAUUCACCGCAGCCGACAUUCUGAAGAACAAACCUGACUCUACGCGACAGCAUUUGAGAAAUACUAUGACCUCAGCAUUAAACCAUGGCCAAAGCACCAAGGAUACUACGACGAGCCACGUACAGCAUAACAGUGCGGUACCUGGACCUCAAAAUAUCACAGUCAGGGACAGCGUAAUAGAAGAAACUAUUGUUGCCACCAUAAGAGUGAUGCUAGCAGUAAAUAUCAACCUUGACUCAAGGACAGUAUUUCUGGCGACACUUGGUCUUAACUGGGGCGAAAGCCAAUCUUUAACAAGUUUCAUAAAAGAGACCUUCCCAAAGCACGCCUAUAAUGAUGAGCCCCAUACACCCUUCAUGGCGAGUCGACUUCGCGCACGUUACCUAGAGGACCACGCCGACGUUCAACUUGAGUGGACUCAUCACCUUCCUGAUCAUCUGGUGUUGAACAUAGGCAGCCAGACCAAAACCCUGCGAGUUUUCGACCUCGUGUCACUCCUUGAGAUGACAUACGAGGUGAUGAAAGACGAACCAUGGGAGACAUCUGUUGAAGAUAGCUUAAAGCGAGGAUGUUACACCCCAACAUUCCUUUAUGAAACUCUACAAACUAUUCGACUGCUAUUCCCACCCCAAGACCAACAAUGGCUCGAUCGGAAAAUCGAAUUCAACUCCCGCUGGUAUCGCUGGAGAGGCAACGAUGUCCGACUAGUAGAUCAAAGAAUAUCAGCGCCGCUUAAGUGCCAUCAUGGGGAGACUGUGUACGAGAGGCCACUUACUACACGGCGAGAGCUCUUUGAGAGAUAUCCUCACUGGGCAAUUCGCCUGCAUAGUUUAUAUGCUGAGUCUGAAGAUCCUGCACCUGUUUCUCGACCGGGACGAUGGGCGCAGCGUAGAAGAUCCCCUAGACAUGCGUUUUGGUUGACUUUUGUUGCAUUGGUAGCAGCGGCACUGUUUGGGAUUGUAGCGACUAUAAUUGGAGCGGUACAGACAUUGGAAUUCAUGGUGCAAAAACUUAAAAUACACUUAUGA